AUGGACGUCAUCAUAGAAGGACUCAUGGAUGGACCCCUGAAGACCAUCCUCAACGCUGAUGACAUCGCUCUGAUAGUGGAGAGCAAGGAAGAACUCCAGGACAAAGUCCAGAUUUGGCAGAGGGUACUGGCGGAAAAUGGACUCCUUCUGAACGUGAAGAAGAUUAAGUUCCUCAGCUCCGAGGAGGGCACGGAGUCAAUUGUCGACGGUCGCGGGGAAGCCAUCGAAAAGGUCCAGGACCUCCGCUACCUGGGGAGUGAUCUAGCCGCUGAUGGUAGCGUGGACCAGGCGGUAAAGUCCCGAAUAAGUGCGGCAUGGACAAAGUGGAGGGUGUCCACCGGUAUCCUUUGCGAUCGUCGGUGCUCCAGGACCCCAGAGNAAAGGUGUAUCGGACAGUGGUAG